AUGGGCUCGCUGGUGGCCAAGCUCCUUCUGCCCACCCUCAGCUCCUUGGUCUUCCUCCCCACCAUCAGCAUCGCGGCCAAGCGGCGUUUCCACAUGGAAGCCAUGGUUUAUUUCUUCACAAUGUUCUUCGUGGCGUUUUACCACCUUUGUGACGGCCCUGGGUUAUCAGUGCUGUGCUUUAUGCGCUACGACAUCCUGGAGUACUUCAGCAUCUACGGAACAGCCCUGUCCAUCUGGGUGUCCCUGAUGGCCCUGGCAGAGUUUGACGAGCCCAAGAGAUCGACCUUCAUCAUGUUUGGAGUCCUCACCAUCGCCGUGAGGAUCUACCAUGACCGCUGGGGCUACGGCGUCUACUCGGGCCCCAUCGGGACGGCCGUGCUGGUGAUCACGGUCAGAUGGCUGCAGAAGAUGAAGGAGAAGAAAGGGCUCUAUCCUGACAAGAGUGUCUACACCCAACAGAUCGGUCCUGGCUUCUGUUUCGGGGCGCUGGCGCUGAUGCUGAGGUUCUUCUUUGAGGAGUGGGAUUACACCUACGUGCACAGCUUCUACCACUGUGCCCUGGCCAUGGCCCUCGUGCUGCUGCUGCCCAAGGAGAACAAGAAGGCUGGGAGUGCCGGGACCCCCGCCAGGCUGGACUGCUCCACGCUCUGCUGCUGCGUCUGAGCCCACGGGCACGCGUGUUCCUGCCCCUGGUGAUGGAGGAUGCAGCCAAAAGGAAAAUGCCUGCCUGUGCUGCGUUUUCCUCUGGUAUCUUUUCCCACCAGCUCCGUGCCUGCUCUGGGAUUUUCUCCCCUGGGAAGUUCCCUGGGUAACCUGGCCUAGUGGAAGGUGUCCCUGCCCAUGGGCAUUGAAACAAGAUGGGCUUUAAGGUUUCUCCCAAACCAUCCUGUGAUUCACCUUUCCACCACCAGCCCUAGCAAAGCUUGCACUCCCAGUUUGGUACAUAUCCCUAUUCUCCCUGGAGGAGCACUCAGCUGGGCUGUGACCUGUCCCCUGCCCCAGGAGACCCCUGCCCUCCCAGCCAUGUCACUUCCUGGGCUGUCCCAUGCUCUGACAUGGCAGGACCCAAGUUGUGCCCUCCGUGCAGGUUUGCUGUGCACACAAAGCUUGGUU